GCCAGGAGCUAUUUACAAGAGAUGAGAGGCGGAACAGACAAAAUGAGGGGAAAUAUUCAUUCCGUCUGAGAGGCAGUCAGGCAGCAAAGCGGACACUUAAAUCUAAAUUAGGUAUAAAUCAUCUCAAAGAAUGACGGCGAAGAUAGUUGAUGAAGUUUCUGCGUCUCUCAGCAUUGUAGACAAUAUUCCUAAAGAUGUGUACACAGAAAGCUCGAUGGUGUUUAAAGAAGAGGCUGUAGGGGAGGAGGAACACGAAGGGAAACCUGAUGAGAAUGGAGGCGGAAACCUUCUGUACGAGGAGAAGAGCGCACCUGAGCUGCCUCUGCAGGGCGACCUUGCGCAGUACGUGGCCACUUUACGCACGCACCCUGUGGCGUUCACCGGCAAGUUUUCUCUGGACUCCAGGAGUGCAGGAGGACCGUGGACACCGGGAGACGUUAUCGACGUGGUCAGCGCGGACAUCGCGACCCCGGGGCCGCUCACGGUGUCUGGUUCGCCCUCAGCGUCGCCAGAUAUUUACGCAGGAGGAGGAGGAGGAGAGGACGCCGGGGACGGCACCAUGGCGCACGGCCAGCCAGACAUCAGCCACAUGUACGCGCCCCCUCACCCCCACCCCCACCCGGCCCCGUCCUACUCGUGCAGCGGUGACAUGUAUCAGGACCAGUCUGCAGGGGGGUACCUGGCCACCUCCACCUGCGCCGUGUCCUACCACCCGCCCCCCACCUACAACUCUGCGCCCAAACCGACAGUUGACGGCGCGGCGCUGCUCUCCAUCAUGCCCGAGUACGGAGGCUUCUACCAGCAGAGUUGCCAGAGAGACAUCCAGUCCGCCUUCCCGGAGAGGAAAUCCCUGCCGUACCCCCUGGACUCCCUCCGGGUUCCUCCGCCUCUCACGCCCCUCAACACCAUCAGGAACUUUACGCUCGGCGCGCCCUCGCCGGCCGCCGAGGGUCCGAUGGCCGCCGCUUUCCCAAACCACCAGAACCUCCCCCUCAGACCGAUCCUGAGACCCAGAAAGUACCCGAACCGACCGAGCAAGACGCCCGUCCACCAGAGGCCGUAUCCGUGCCCGGCGGAGAGCUGCGACCGGAGGUUCUCCCGGUCGGACGAGCUGAGCCGACACCUGCGCAUCCACACCGGCCACAAGCCGUUCCAGUGCCGCAUCUGCAUGAGGAACUUCAGCCGCAGCGACCACCUCACCACGCACAUCCGCACGCACACCGGGGAGAAGCCGUUCUCCUGCGACCAGUGCGGGAGGAAGUUCGCCCGGAGCGACGAGAGGCGGCGGCACAUGAAGAUCCACCUGCGGCAGAAGGAGAAGAAAGCCUCUGCGUCCUAAUCCGCAUCCCGCCACGAUCUUCACCCUGUAGUUUAAAUUGACUCCACAGGAAGGAAGACUUAAACUUAGAAGCCAUAACUUUAAAAAAAAAAAAAAUCAGGGAGAAUCAGAGACAGAAUCUUCUUAUUUAUCACUAAACAGCUCCUCAUCCAUCCAGAGUUCAAAUAUUUAAAUUUAAAGGAGGUGUGGUUGGAGCCAGUGGUGCAUAUGCGCCAGUCCAAACCACCAGCAGCUCCUACUGUCUAUGCUUCAAGCUCUCAGGGAUUCAAUUACAGUUCAGGCAGCAAACAUGAAACCAAGAUCCUGCAGCUGAGCAGAAAAAUAGGAUUCACACUGAGGUGACUUCUGGACUUUGGGCCUACAUUCUAAUUUUAUGGCAUGUCCUGAGAAAAUGUGGAGGAAAGAAGAGAAAACAAACCCAUCUUCAGCUGCAAAGUCACAGGAUUCCUGUGAUCAAUUCAGACAUUUUGUAUUUUAGUCCAGUUAACGGCUGAUUUUAGCUGCUAUUCUCCAGAGUUUUUACACUUUUGGCGCUCAAAUGUCCACAGAAACAAGAUGUCAAACUGUAAUUCCUCUCUGCAAUUUUGCAAAAACAUGACACAAUAAAGGAGGAAGUGAUGUCAGAGUGUACUGAAAGGACGUCACAGACUGGGGCGGGGCUAAAGUGGGACUUUCUAUUGGCUAGAUGCAGCAAAAUUAAGCUUUUUUUUAACGUGCAGGUUUUCUAUCAUGUUAGAAGUGUUGUGUCACACAGCAUGUUGGGAUUUGAUGAGAUUGUAGCCUGAUAAUCUGUAAUUUUAUGUUUGAAUUUUUUAUUUUUGGAAGGUUUCCUGACCAGCAUUUCUACCAGAUGAAUGUGAGAUACAAGAGUUACUGGAGAAAAAAGUUAUGUUGUCGUGUUUUAUAAUUUUUAUGCAAACAAGAUGAGCACUAAAGCUUUUAUUCUGACGGACUGAUGCUUCUUGUCAAUGCAAAUAAAUGUUGACUUGUUCA